CACACAUUUGGAGGAUUUUAAGUGGAAAGGCAAAGAGAUUGUGAACUGGUGAGACCUGCAGUUAAAACCUGAAAUGGCUGAGAAAGUUGCUCUUCUUGAAAGUUACCUGAGUUGCCACGUGUGUUCAGAGACUUUCAGAGAUCCUGUAUCUCUGAGCUGCAGCCACAGUUUCUGUUCAAGCUGCCUGCAGAAAUUCUGGGAACAAGCUAAAAACAAAAACUGUCCGAUUUGUAAAAGAAAAUCCUCUAAAGAACAUCCACAUGUGAACUUUAGACUGAAGGAACUGGCUGAUUCUGUUGCUUGGAGAAACAAAACUGGAUCAUCAGAGACAGAAAAAGUGAAGGAAGUGGAGGUGGUGUGUAGUAAACAUCCAGAAGAACCGAAAUUGUUUUGUAAAGAUGAAGAUAGAGCUAUUUGUACUGUCUGUGAGUUUUCUGUCCACCAGAAUCACAAAGUGGUUCCUAUAGAACAAGCAGUCAGUGACCUGAAGGACCAGCUGAAAUGUGACUUAAAGUCUCUGCAGGACAAGAGGGACAAAUGCAAACAAGUGGAGAAAAAAUACAGUGAAAUGAGAGAACACACCAAGAAGCAGCUGUUGUCCACAGAGAGGCAGAUCAGAGCAGAGUUCUACAAGCUCCAGCAGUUCCUGAAAGAGGAAGAGGAGUCCAGACUGGCAGCUCUGAGGGAGGAAGAGGAGCACAAGGGGAAGACUAUCAGCAGAGAGAUGAAGAGGAUUCAGGAGCAGAUCUCCUCUCUGUCAGACAGCAUCUGUGCUGUUGAAGAAGAGCUGCAGAAACACAAGGUGGCGUUCCUCAGCACUUAUAAAGACACUCAGACCAGAGCCAGAGCCCAGAGCUCACUGUCAGAUCCACAGCUGUUCUCAGGAGCACUGAUAGAUGUGGCCAAACACCUGGGCAACCUGUCCUUCAGAGUCUGGGAGAAGAUGAAGGAGAAGGUCCACUUCAGUCCUGUCAUUCUGGACCCAAACACUGCAUUCCCCUGUCUCUGUCUGUCUGAUGAUCUGACCAGUGUGAGAGAUGGAGACACAGAGCAGCAGCUUCCUGAUAAUCCAGAGAGAAACACUAAGUAUGCAGCUGUUCUGGGCUCUGAGGGCUUCAGUUCAGGGAAACACAGCUGGGAGGUGGAGGUGGGAGAUCAUCCUUACUGGAUUGUGGGUUUGGCUAAAGAGUCAGUUGACAGGAAGGGAGAGCGUAAGGCUUCACCAAAAGAUGGAAUCUGGUGUUUAUGGCAUGGUGAUGGAAAAUACAUGAAUGGUGUUGGUCAGACUGUCAGAAUGAAGAAGAGUCUCCAGAGGAUCAGAGUCCAGCUGGACUAUGACAGGGGGGAGGUGUCCUUCUACCACCCUGAAGACAUGACUCACAUCUACACUCACAGACACACUUUCACUGAGAAACUCUUCCCAUUUUUCAGUGUUGGAAAGUCUGGUGAUGCCAAAACUACUGAUAUCAGAAUCUGUCACUCUGAGAUUUCCCUGCGAUGAUCAGGAAAGUUAGUUAAUUGUCCAAACUCUCAUCUUAAAAUCAUCAAAAUAAUUCCAGGUUUAUUUCACUCUUAACUCAUCAUCACACUUUACAGUCAAACCUUCAUUCUUGAUCUUCAUAUUUUUCAUUCUGUCUUUAAAACACGUUCGAUGUCACUUCAUAGUUUUUAUCACUGUGUCUCAGUUGUGAAAUCUGUUAAACAACCAAAAUGAUUUUCAUGAACAAAACUAUUAAAAGCUGUUAAAAAGUGCUGAAGCUACAUUUUCUCUACUUUGAAUUCAGAGUGUUUAAAUGAGAUGCGAAGAAGCAGAUUAAACAAGAGAUGAUUUAGAGAAGUAAAAGAUCCACUAAAAAUGUUGAAACGUGUACCAAGUGAGGCUGAUUAUUUAAAUGUAGAUUAUUAUCCUGGUUAGCAGCAUCUGGACUCAUCAGCUGGAUCAAAUACUUUGUUUCUGCUUGUUUGACUUUUUUCUUUUAUUGUCAUCAGUCAUCUUUCUACUUUGUGGCAUUUCUUCAUUUAUUGUUGAGUUCUUUUAGUCUUGAAAAUGUUUUCAUGUGAUUUUUUCCACUUGACCCUCAGAGUGUCAGUGUUCCAGUGAAUCAAACAGCUUUCUGUCUCUCAUUGAUUUUUGUUAUUUUGUUGUGCAGCAGAACUGAUUUGUUGUUGAGCGUCACAGAAGUUGUUAAUCCAACUGUCUCUGCUUGUGUCUGAAAUGAAUGAUGGAAAGUCU